AUGGCCUCUCAUUCUGGUAAAAAAGUCUUCAUCGUGACAGGCGGCGCAUCAGGCAUCGGUCUUGGUAUAACUCGCUACCUCAUCACCCAACAACAUCCCACCCUAAACCCAGCACACAUCGCCAUCUUCGACAUCAACACCGAAACCGGCUCCGCCGUCGUUUCGAGCUUACAAGAAGAAUACAAAUCCACCUCACCAAGCGCGACAAUCUCAUUCCACCAAUGCAACGUCUCAUCAUGGGAAAGCCAAGCUGCUGCUUUCAAAGAAGUAGCGCAACAGCAAGGGAGAGUUGAUUAUGUCGUUGCCAAUGCGGGCAUUACGGAAAAGGGAGAUUUAUUGGAGAAGGAAGAAAAAGAGCCGUCGAAGCCGGUGUUGGCGACAUUGAAUGUUAAUUUGACGGGCGUCAUAUACUCAACCAAAUUGGCAAUCCACUACAUCCGAAAGAAUGGAUCAACCUCCUCGACAAAAGGGGGAAUCAUCUGCACAGCCUCGAAUGCAGGAAUCUACCCCUUUCCCAUGGCGCCUAUGUACGCCACGACGAAACACGGUGUCGUCGGACUUGUGCGCUCUCUUGCGCGUCCGUUGGCUCUGGAGGGUAUUCAAAUCAAUGCGUUGGCGCCUGCUGUUAUCGAAACGAACAUCGCCUCAAGCCACGAUCUAUUCAAAAACAUGAUCAUUACACCCAUGUCAACAGUGACAAGAGCAGUUGAAAUACUAUUAACAUCAAGUCCCAGCCCUAGCUCUAACUCAACAACCUCCACAACCACAAAGCCACUCCCCGAAACGACUAUAUUAACAGGCAAAAUCGCCGAGUGUCAUGAGGGGAAUGUCACAUUCGCCGAACAACCGGCGUAUGUGGAUGCAAAUACGGAGAAGAAUAUUGAGAUGUUUUGGAGUUUGGGGUAUGCCUGA